AUGCCGGCAGGGCGGGCACGCGACGGUGCCGCAGCCGAGUGCGCCCAAGCCCUCGACAGCGCCGUCCUCGCCCUGGUCGCCGUGCUGAGGCGCAAGCCGGCGCGCGGCACCAAAGAAUCCACACCGCAGCGCGCCGCGGCUGCCCUGCAUUCGCUCAGCACGGCGGCCGAGGCCGACCGCGACCGGGUCGCCGCCGCUGCAGGCAGCAGCGCGCCGCCCGUGGCAGCGGUGGUGCUGUCGGACGCUGUGCUGCAGCAGCUGCUGGGCUGCCUGCGCACAACGGACACGAGAGCGGUGGAAGUGGUGUUUCGGGCAGCAUGUGUUCUCAUGGACGGUGCCAAACUGGUGGCUGCUCGGAAGCUGCAGCUGGCCGUCGCGCCGGGCUUCCUCGCCCGCGCGGUCGCGUGCAUGGGCGGCGCCAACCGCGCCGCCUCGGCCGCCGCCGAGGCGGUGCAAACCAUGACGGCUCACUGCGCCGAGUGUGCUGACCUGGUGCUGCGGGAGGAGGGCAUGGUGCGGGCGCUGGCCCAGCUGGUGGACCCCGCCAAGGCGAAUCCCAACCACCCGCUGCGCGACGCUGCAUUCAAGGCCUGCAUCGGCCUGCUCACACAGUGCGGCGCCAAGGGCCGCGCCGCGCUCACCGCCGAGCCUGGCUUUGUCGCGGCCGCCUGCCGGAUGGUGGGCGGCUGCGAUGCAGACUCGAGAUUCUUCAUCUUGGGGGCCCUGACCAACCUGGCACACGACCGCAUCAGGUCGCCGGCCGGCGCGGGCCGCAGCCUGCUGGCGGCCAGCAUGCGGGCGGGAGACCCGGAGGCGCUGGCCGGCGGCCUGGCCAAAGCCGUGCGUGACUACGCGUCCGUGGGCAGCAGCCUCCAGGCACACGGCAACAAGCCGCUGCGGGUCCAGGCUGUCAGGGUGCUUAGGCUCAUGGCGUGGCUGCUGGCAGAGCCAGGGGUUGGGGAGGACGCGGCGUGGGCGACGCCGCCCGGCGCGGCGCUGGACCUUGUCGCUUUGGCAGGAGAGGGGCGGGAGGCAGACCCCGAAAACGUGAGCGGGGACGCUGCGGGCCGGGCCGGGCCUCAAUGCGAGAGACCCCGCGUUGCGGCCGCGCGGCUGGCGGGCGUGACGCCGUUUCGGCGCGCCGGCCGUCCCUGA